AUGGAGGGUCUCUUCUUUAACGUGGAUAACGGCUAUGUCGAAGGAGUUGUUCGCGGAUACCGCAAUAACCUUCUAAACUCGCAGAACUACAGUAACUUGACGCAAUGCGAUACCGUGGAUGACGUCAAGCUCCAGCUUGGCCCAUCAUAUGGCGAUUUUCUAGCCGCUCUCCCCCCGAAUCCCUCUACAUCUGCUCUAGCUGGUAAAGCCACCGAUAAGCUUGUUGCUGAAUUCCGCUAUCUGCAGGCGCAAGCCAGUGGCUCGACGGCCAAGUUUAUGGAAUACCUUACCUAUGGGUACAUGAUUGAUAACAUCGCACUUCUCAUCACCGGUACUCUUCACGAGCGAGACACUCGGGAGCUCCUGGACAGAUGCCACCCACUUGGUUUCUUUGAGACAAUGCCAGUCCUAUGCGUGGCAACCAAUAUCGAAGAAUUGUAUAACUCUGUCCUUAUCGAAACCCCUUUAGCACCAUACUUCAAGGGCAGCCUGAGCCAUCAGGAUCUGGAUGAACUAAACAUCGAAAUCAUCCGAAACACUCUGUACAAGAAUUAUCUGGAGGACUUUUACCGGUUUAUCAACUCUGACCCCGAGCUUAAAGACUCUCCUACCUCCCAAGUCAUGUGUGAAGCACUAGAGUUUGAGGCUGAUCGUCGGGCAAUCAACAUCACUCUCAACUCGUUCGGCACCGAACUCUCCAAGACCGAGAGGAAAAAGCUAUAUCCAGAGUUCGGCAAAUUGUAUCCUGAAGGCUCUUUGAUGCUUUCUCGCGCAGAUGACCUCGAGGGUGUCUCUCUCGCAGUGACUGUAGUUGCCGACUACAAAGCCUUCUUUGACACUGUUGGUCUGAACCAGUCCGGAUCUGGCGCUGGAAGCGAAGGCAAGAGCUUGGAAGACCUUUUCUACCAGAGAGAGAUGGAAUUGUUGAAGCUGGCAUUCACUCGCCAGUUCACACCGGCUAUAAUAUACGCCUGGGUCAAAUUGCGAGAACAGGAAAUUCGGAACAUUACUUGGAUCGCAGAGUGCAUUGCACAGAACCAGAAAGACCGGAUAGGGAACUAUAUAAGCGUACUUUAA